AUGAGUGACACUGAGGAUUAUCAACUCCCAGCUAGUACAUUAGCAGUGUUACAACAAUUUCUAAAAGAACAACAAGAGAGAGACGUAGCUGAAAAUGCAUCCGCUGAUGUUCAAGAAGAUUGGCAGUUAUCACAGUUUUGGUACAAUGCCGAAACGGCUAAGAAGUUGUGUCGUGAAGCUAUCUCCGCCUGUAAUGGUAGCGGGAAAGUAGCUUGUGUAAGCUCUCCCACGCUGAUGAAGUAUUUCCAAGAGGAACAGGAAGUAAUCGAUGGGAAAAUACAGUUGAAGGUUUUUGAAUUCGAUGAUCGCUUCCGACUGAAGUAUCCCGAUGAAUUUGUCUUCUAUGAUUACAAACAACCAGCAACAUUCCCGCCUGAACUCAAAGAGUAUUUCGAUGUUGUGGUCGUUGAUCCUCCGUUCCUGUCCGAUGAAUGUUUAGUGAAAACUGCCCAAACUGUCCGACUCCUAUCACGACCGGACACUAAAAUUAUAUUAUGUACUGGAUCCAUUAUGGAAGAGCAGGCUUUAAAGUUGAUGGGUGCGAAGAGAACAAGUUUCAAUCCACAGCAUGAGAAAAACUUAGCCAAUGAGUUUGCUUGUUACACAAAUUAUAGUCCCAUUACAUUGUGA